AUGCGUACACUGUGUUUAUUAGCAUGCCUCGCUUUGAUAAAGGCUAUUCCAUUUCUUGGAAGAAGAACAAAUUACGACGAGACGACAGCGAGGAAAUUGCUGAACAUGGCUGCUGGUGCUUAUGGUGACCAACAAGCCGCCUGUCUGAAUCGAACAUUCCACUCUUCCGACGCCUAUGUGGUCUUAUCGACGGCAAAAAAAAUUAUCAUGAUUUGCUCGCUGUCUUUCCAGGGUCAACUUCUUCUGGAAGGACUACACUCUAUACAUCCUGGCAUUGACUUUUUUGGCAUGGGUAAUGUUAAUCGGUAUUUUAUGAACGGUCAUCUUGCACUUUGGAGUAUGGUGGAACAAGUACUCAGAGAUCAUAAAUACGCAGACUAUCGUGUUACAUUCACUGGACAUUCUCUAGGUGGAGCUUUAGCAGCACUAGCAGCGGCUCGAACUGCUAAACAAGGCUAUCGGGCUGGAGGGAAACUCAGCAUCUAUACGUUCGGUGAGCCACGUGUGGGUGAUGCUGACUUCGCUUCAAACUUUGAUAAUAUGAUAACCAACAGCUACCGAGUCGUGUUUCGUCGUGAUAUUGUUCCUCAUCUACCACCUUGUGCUAAAGACAAGACGUGGUUUGGUGACGAGGAUGUUAGCCGCCCAUGCGAUUUCAAUGCCACAACUCAACCUUACCAUCAUGGAACUGAAAUAUGGUAUCCAGAUUCUAUGGAACCAGGUUCGCUCUACGUUGAAUGUGUUGGUGAACCGAAAGGAGAAGACUUUACAUGUUCCGAUAAAAUGAAAUUUUUCUAUGAUCAGAUGAAUAGUUACAUAUGGGAUCACCGACACUACUUUACAGUUCGAGUGCCCGAGUAUGGCAAAACAGGUUGCGAUCUCACUCAUCCGGAAGGAAAGCCAAGCAUAUUGGAACAUGUUGUAAAUAGAAUUAAAACUUUGACAAGAACUAUAGGCUUAGAAUGA